CUCUGUUUUUGGACACACCACCCUUCGGACAAAAACAUCCUGCAAGAUCCAUGCCCCCACCCACCAAGGUGAUCUCAUCAAACCUCAAAAUUACAAAUAUAAAAAUCCAAUCUUUCCAUUUUUCCCUUCUCACUUCACCUUCUAAUUCUUGUAAAUAAACUCUUCUUUAUGAUCAAAAAAAGAAUCUUGAAAACCUUAAAAAGAUUCAAAAGGGUCCAAGAAAAUGGUGAAUGUUAAGGGUGGUACAAGGCCACCAUGGGUAGGAUUAGGAGCUGCUGUAUGGUUACAAAUAGCAUCUGGAAAUGCAUACAAUUUCCCCCUUUACUCUCAUUCUUUGAAAUCUGUUUUGGGGUUUAAUCAGCAACAGCUAACUAUGCUUGGAGUGGCAAAUGAUAUUGGUGAAAAUGUUGGACUUAUUCCUGGACUUGUGUGUAACAAGUUUCCACCUUGGGUUGUUCUAUUGAUUGGUUCUUUUUCUUGUUUCUUUGGUUAUGGAGUUCUUUGGCUUUCACUUAGUCAAACUGUUCAGAACUUGCCUUAUUGGAUGUUAUGGAUUGCACUUUGUGUUGCCACGAAUAGUAGUGCUUGGUUCAGCACAACUGUGCUUGUGACUAAUAUGAGAAACUUUCCUCUAAGCCGGGGCACGGUUGCUGGGAUUCUUAAAGGCUAUGGAGGGCUCAGUGCUGCAGUGUAUACAGAAGUCUACAGUGCAUUGCUUCGCAAUUCUUCUUCUAAGCUCUUGCUGUUCCUUGCACUAGGGGUUCCUGCUUUAAGUUUGUUAAUGAUGUACUUUAUUAGGCCUUGUACACCUUCUUUAGGCGAAGAUUCUUCAGAAUCAUACCACUUUUUGUUCGUCCAAGUAGCUAGUAUUGUUCUCGGUGUCUAUGUAUUAACAACAACAAUAUUGGAAGAUGUAUUUUCUUUAAAUGUCUUAGUUUCUUACACUCUUCUCAUUAUCAUGGUGGUCCUUCUAAUGGCUCCACUAGCCAUUCCUGUGAAGAUGACUUUUUAUCCCUCAAACCGCGGCAAACUGGGCGUGUCCAAUGUAUCAGUCCAAGAUGAUAGCAGUGCAGAGAACUCAGAACCCUUGUUAACACCAUUAUCAUCAUCAGCAAACCUAGGAAGUUUUCAAGAGGGAGAUGAAAUCUCUGAAGUGGAUAUGCUUCUGGCUGAGGGGGAAGGUGCAGUAAAGAAAAAGAGGAGGCCAAGAAGAGGUGAAGAUUUCAAGUUCACUGAAGCUAUGGUCAAGGCAGAUUUCUGGCUUUUGUUUUUGGUUUAUUUUUUCGGUGUGGGUUCUGGGGUUACUGUUCUCAACAAUCUGGCGCAAAUCGGAAUAGCUCAAGGGCUUCAUGAUACAAAGAUCCUGCUAUCACUCUUCAGCUUCUGCAACUUUGUUGGUCGUCUUGGUGGAGGAGUUAUUUCAGAGUAUUUUGUCAGGCUAAAAGCAGUACCUAGGACAGUUUGGAUGACAUGCACACAAGUAGUAAUGAUCAUUACCUACCUUCUGUUUGCUUCUGCACUUAAUGGUACCUUAUAUGCAGCAAUAGCAUUACUAGGAGUCUGCUAUGGUGUUCAAUUUACAACAAUGGUCCCAACAGCCUCUGAGUUGUUUGGUCUCAAGCAUUUUGGUAUAAUUUUCAAUUUUAUGUCGCUAGGGAACCCCUUAGGUGCUUAUCUCUUCUCCGGUCUCCUUGCCGGGUAUCUCUAUGAUAAUGAGGCAGCGCAGCAGCAUUCUGCCACUUGCUUGGGUCCUGAUUGCUUUAGAGUCACCUUCCUGAUUCUGGCUGGAGUAUGUGGUCUCGGCACCGUGCUUAGUAUUGUUCUUACCAUGAGAAUAAGACCUGUUUAUCAAAUGCUUUAUGCUGGAGGAUCCUUUCGGCUACCUCAAAGUUCAAGUCAUUGAGGUAUCUUGAAAAAGUGUAACCAACGUCAUGUGCUAAUGUUCUAAAGGGAAGCACAUUGAUCAGCAAUCGCCUGUGAGUUCAAAUUUUGGAUAGUAUGAUAUUUAUGAAAAUUGUUGUGAUUUGUAUGAUAUGUUUGAGAAUUUUAGCUUUGUUAGUGUGUGUCCACAAUGAAGCAUCAUGCACAUAGAUGCGUAAACUACUCAUGUAACACUUGAUACAUCAAGCUAUAUAGCAAGAAAUAGUGUCCUCUCAUCUACUUUGUUUCCACUCCAUCCCCAAAUGGUUAUGGUAGUAUUAUGAGAAUGUUAUUGUUACGUAC